AUGUUGCGAUUCGUGUGCUUAGCCAUAACGGUAGCGGUGGUGUCAGCCGGCAUACCCUACAAAGACUGCGCCGCAAAGGAGGUUAAAAGUGUUGCCAUCAGUGGGUGCACAACCGCUCCCUGUACUGUACACAAGGGAAAGCAACUAACCCUGACAGUUGACUUUUUAGCCAACCAAGACACCUCGAAAUUGGAUUUCAACAUGAUUGGCAAUGUUGGCGGCAAGGACUACGACUUAUCCAAACUGAUCCCGGACUUUGAUACUAAUGGGUGCCACUCUACCAAGUGUCCCAUCACAAAGGGUAGCAAUGCCACUUUUGAAUUUAAAUUCACCAUUCCCAGUCUGACUCCCGAUGCUAAAGGUUACGUUAAAGCCGAGUUGAAGGGUGAGCAUGGUGAUCUGUUCUGCGGUUCAGUUGAUGUGCUUAUCAGCCAGUCAUAUUAUCCUGUGUGCUUGACACUUUUCAUUGCCGCUGUAUCAGCUGGACUCCCAUACAAGGAUUGUGGACACUCCGAGGUGAGCAGUGUGUCAAUCAGCGGUUGUUCAACCACUCCUUGUACACUCCAUAAGGGAAAGGAGGUUCAGAUUGACAUUGACUAUAAAGCCAACCAGGAUAGUUCAAAAGCUGAAUGGAGUCUUCACGCUAUUGUGGGAAGUACUGACAUAGACUUGUCUACUUUGAUCCCAGGCUUUGACAAGGAUGGCUGUCACGACACUCCUUGUCCCAUCAAAAAGGGUGAGUCCAAGAAGUUCUCGUACAAACUGACAAUCCCUGCGGCGACCCCUACCAUCGAGGCUGAUGUUAAGGCUAGACUUGUCGGUGAUGCCGGUGAUUUGUUCUGUGGAUCUGUCCAUGGUGAUAUCAAAGAUUAAAUUAAUUAAUUUGUCUCAAUGUAAUUUAUAAAUAAAAUAAAACUUUGCAGUUAUAAUAAAUAUAAUUUGUUA